AUGUGCCUCGCGAUGAAGCAGCUGGAGUGGGCGGAGGUCUGCCGGCGGCUGCUGAGGGCGGAGAGGAGCGAGCCCGAGCGGAAGAUGCAGAAGUUCCCCUCGCGGGAGCGCAACCACGCGGUGCGCAGGAAGAACAACAACAACAAUUUCCGGUCGCACGCCAACUGCGAGACCUGCGCCAGGGUGGCGGCGGAACAGGACAGG